AUGGAAAUAAGCCAAUUUCUGGAGAAAAUUCUGAACAAGAGCACUUUGUCCCUGGAAGACAUCGUCUUUCUUUUGGACAAAGUAGAUAUUAUGUUCAAGACUCCGGAUUGUAAAAUACUGUUCUACAAGAAUGUGGAGAAAGCAUUGGUACAUCAUUUCAAAGAGACUUAUGAGAUUUGUAUACCAUCCAGGGUCUACAGUGUCAACGAGAUCCAUGGACUGAUCCUGUUCUUAUACAUAAAGAAAUAUGGGCAUCCGGAGGUUGAUCUGGAGCUCGAGAGGUUUUUUGAGGGCUUGUUCUUCGGUGGGAUUAGGGAAAUGGAAGUAGAACAACUAAAAGAAGAGACCGAAAGGCUGAUGAGAGAAAACGAAGAGCUAAGAGGGAGAAUAAACGAAAUGAACAAUGCGUGGAUAGACAGAGGGUUUGAAGAAGGAGAAUUUAAGAGCGUAGAUGAAGAGGUUUUGUCGAGAAUGGAGAAGGAUUUGGUAGCUUUGAGAGAACAGGUUGACCUUGAGCAUCCUUUGAUUUUGGAGGCAUGGUAUAGAUUAGGAGAGGAAUAUAUUAAGAAUAAGCAUUAA